AUUUAUUUAAUGCAUUUUGUUCCAGUCGGGUGCACGGUGCGAGGUGAUGACGAGCAGCAUGACGCGCGGGAAGGUGAUGACGUCACCAUGCAGUGUCGCUUCGCCCUGGAGCCGCUCGCAGGGGAGUCGCUCACCUACUACUGGGUCAGGAGUACAGCCAGUGGGCAUGACAAUGUCGCCAUUGGCAACAUACCGCUCGAGACCAAUUACCAAAUUUCAUACGCGCCGACGGAGGGUCGUUUUGACCUGAUGGUGUCGAACGUAUCUUACGAGAGGGACAAUGGUCGGUUUGAGUGUCGCGUGAAGGCUGGUGGGUCGGGGCGUACGCUGCACGCGCAGGGGCACGCGCUGACCGUGCUGACCAGCCCGCGCGCGCCCGUGCUCACGCCCGGUUCGCACGCACAGUCCCAAGAGGGCCGGGAACUCAACCUCUCCUGCUCCAGUUCAGGUGGUUCACCCGAGCCUACCAUCAAGUGGUACCGUGAGGGUUCAACGUAUCCCUUGGACGCGACGAUUGUUCACGCUAAGACUCGGUCGGAGCCGACUGUCGCCACCCUGACUCUCAUGCCGACCAGGGAAGAUGAUGGAGCAGUCUUCCGUUGUGUGGUAUGGAACCGAGCCAUGUCGGAGGGCCAACAACUUGAUGCAUCUGUCGACCUUAGUGUCAAUUAUUUUCCUCGAGUUGAAGUUGGUCCAGAAAAUCCCUUGCGAGUUGAAAUAGAUGGUGUCGCUACUAUGGAAUGUAAAGUCGAUGCCAAACCUAAAGUGACCUCCGUGAAAUGGACUAGGAACGGAAAAUAUAUUUCGAACUCAUUCACGCAUACUAUACAAGGAGUUACGGUACAGGAUGCAGGAAAAUACACAUGUAGUGCUGAUAAUGGCUUAGGACGUCCAGGAGAGAAAGAGAUAUAUCUCGAUGUACUAUUUCCUCCCACUGUCACUGUAGUGUCCAAAACAUUUGAAGCUGAGGAAGGUGGAAAUGUCGAAAUCCGCUGCGAAGUUUCUGCUAAUCCUGAACCUACUUCUAUUGAUUGGACGAUGGAAGGGAAACCCGAUUUUCAUCAGAGUGGAAAUACCCUAAGUUUGACUAGAGUGAAUGCAGACAUGGCUGGUACUUAUGUUUGUCGCGCUGUCAAUGUUAUAUCAUCCAGCAACGGAAAACGUACCGAGCGAUCAAACAGUGCCUCAGUAGCUGUGCUGGUGAGACACAAGCCUGGUCGUGCGUACAUCAGCCCUGACCGGCCAGUGGCUCAGGAGGGUGCGGGAGUCACUCUUACCUGUAGUGCUAAGCCACCCGGUUGGCCCGCUCCGCAGUACCGCUGGUUCCGGGAUAUGGACACUAGUCCAGACGUCAAGCCUGCUGUACUUGCCACAGGAAAUCAAUACUCUAUACCUAGUGCACACCUUGGAAGUGAAGGUGUUUACCAUUGCCAAGCUACAAACGAAUUAGGGCAUGGUGAACUUGCUUCAGUUACAUUAGAGGUUCAUCAACCUCCACGUUUUCAAACUAAAUUACAAACACACAUGACGAAGCGAUCGGGAGAGCAGGACUUCUCGGUCACCUGUAGUGCACUUGGUAAACCACGUCCUAAUGUCAAAUGGUUUAAGGACAACGCUGAAAUUAAGGCCGAUACGAAUUUGUACGAAGUUAAAACUGACAUAACUGAGAGCAGAAACGCUGUUUACACAGUUCAAAGUACUCUUAAAUUUAACGGCAAAGCAAGACCGACUACUAAUGACUUAUUGCCCGACGAUCGAGGUAUUUAUUCGUGUGCUUUUGAAAACGAAGUUAAGAAAGUCGAGUCUACGAUGCAUCUCCGAAUAGAACACGAACCUAUAUCAAUUCGGCAACAGAAUAAAGUUGCUUACGAUGUCAUGGAAAGUGCUGAAAUACUAUGUAGAGUUCAAGCUUACCCAAAGCCAGAAUUCCAAUGGUUCUACGGGUCUAACACAUCUCCACUGCAAAUGUCCUCUGACGGACACUACGAGAUAAAUACUACGACAGACAACAAUGACUCUUACCGCAGUGUGUUAAAAAUAAAAAUGGUGAAACCGCAAGAUUAUGGGGACUAUUAUUGUAAAGUGAAGAACUCACUAGGGAGCAUACGUCCUCAGAUAAGGUUACAGCCCAAAGGCGCCCCGGAGUCACCUCGAGCGUUAGAGAGUCAAAAGCAACUCACAUUUGUUUUCAAGGUGAAAGCUGUAAAUACCAAGGGACAGAGCAAUUACUCGAAUGAGAUCACAGUGACAACGAAGGUAGACAAAAUCAAUCCACCAGAGCAAGUGACGUAUGACCCCAGUACGCAGGCGAUAGCGUUCACAGUGACCCCUACUUGCUUGGCCUUAGUGGGUGUCGUCGAAGGACUCGCCAAUAUGGGAGGUACCGCAGGAUGGCAGGUAGUGGAUACUGUGAACCUUCGACUGUCUGGUGCAGUGGCGACAGUACAGGAAGCUACAGUCGAGCUGCCCAGUAAAACAACUCGCACGACUGCUCGACACGUCACUGACCCACCACUAGACGACUUCAACCCUCGCAUACGACUCAAGCUUUGUUUACAAGUCAAUCAAGACGUGUGCAGUGACUACACUGAAGCCGAAAUUGGUACGUCGUACAUCAAGGAAACGUCGGCGCGCACUACGGCCGCCAUUGUUGGAAUAUUCGUUACAACAGUUGUAGUUCUCUUGUUUGUGGGACUAUUGCUACUGAUCUACCAGUGCAGGCGCAGGCCUAACAAAAAGGACAGGUCCAAAGACUACGAAAUGGACUCAAUGAGAGCCGCUAAAGUGACACCACAGAAUCAGGCCCCGCCUCCGUAUUACCCUAGCUCCGGUAUGGAGAAUAAAGCCCUAGAACAUUCUAUGGACAUGGCGCUAUCAAUGGACGACUCCAAGACUGCUGUAUACGCGACCCAAGGCGGCUACUCGUACCACGUGCCACCACACACACAGCCUCAUUCUGGACAAACGAUGCCUAAUUCCGACUGGGUAAACAUGGGCUUCAUAGAAAAUAGCUACACGAACAGCAAUAACGGGGGUAGCGUGAACUCGCAAGACUCGCUGUGGCAGAUGAAGAUGGCGGCGGCCAAUAAUGCGGCGACGUUACCAGCGCACCAGGUGCUCGACCGACAGAGCAACUACGACUACGACCCAAUAUCUCAUGCGGGCUACAGGAACAUUGAUGACUAUGCGCAUUAUUCGCACUUGCCCCACGCCAGUCAGCCUCCCGCACCCAAUGACUACGACAUGCGCGCCGCACAGAACCCCUCUCGACAGGAGUACUGCUCCGACCCAUACGCCUCAGUACACAAACCCAAGAAGCGGAUGGAUCAACACAUCGAAUCACCGUACCAUGAGGUGAGUGGUCUACCGGAGUACGGCAUGCGCGGCGGUGCAGAGGAGGGCGGUGCUGAAGAGAAGCCGCUGCACAUGUCGCUGGGCUACGACGAGUCGCUGGAGUCAGGUUACUCGACACCAAACUCGCGCGCACGCCGCGUCAUCCGCGAGAUCAUCGUAUGAACACGACUGUAAGAUGGCCGAAGCGUGUGACGCUCGGCUGCCGACGACCGUGUUCGUGUCACGUGGGCCCCCGAGUCUGCCCCUGACUUCCGUUUACUUGUUACCCCAUGAACUCUCAUCAUCUGCAAGUUCAAGGGCGACGGCUGCGUGAAACUCAUAAGUCAAGUUGGUAACAUCAGCGUCAAUGUUGCGCAGCUGUUGCUCUACAACGAUAACAAGUUAAGUGUAGCUAGUGCGUGUGAACAAACGUUUUGUGAUAAAGGCGCGUAAAAUAAUUGUAUACAGGGAAGGAAAAUGAACUAGAAAUAAGUGGGUGGUGACAGACUUAGAAACUUCGCGAGUGACGUGGGACUAAAAGUGUUGUUAACUUGUAAAACGGAAACCAAAUUGCCUAAUUAACAGGUGAUUUAAUUUGCCUUCAGUUUGAGCAGUCACUGUCAUCUUAAUUCAACAGAAAAUGAAUGUUUCAAUUCACUGAGCUUUGUUUAUGGGCAAUAUUUAGAGAAAACCAACUAAACUUUGCCUUUUAAACCAGUUGUAAAAGAAAUAUUAUGGUUAUAUUCUAGUUUUACUCUCGAAGUAAAUCUGGAUUAACUGUUCUUGUUUCGAUAUUUUUUAUUAUGAUUAGUUAUAAUUCAAGAGGUACUCGUAAAUAAUACAAAGGUAUUUAAGAUAAGGAAGUUGCCAUAAAAUCGCUUAGUUCUUAAAUUAAAAUACCUGUCUGUCGCGAUGAACUGGUACAAAAGCGAUAAAAUGUAUAAUGUAAGCUCUUGUUUUUCAUAUAAGUAAAUUUCUUUCAUAUAAACUUCGGAACUAAGGUUUCGAUCGAUAACGAAUGAUAUGUGAUCUCCAUAGCUCAUAUUUUGUAAAUGUGGUUUAUUGUUGACUUGAUGCAAGUAUGGUGCGAGUGGUGUAAAUAAAUCAUCGAAGUGUAGAAUAGUGAUCAUUAUCGACAUUGUCAAUUGUGAUGCUAGGGUACGAGUAAUGUGUAACGCACGUACGUAGAGUUUACGAGCAGUGAAACGAAGGAGCCUUCAUUUGACACGACUGAGGUCGUCAAACGCUUUUCACCCAAUAGGCGCUUCGGAUAUUCAUUUUAAUUUCCUUCGACAAACAUUUGAUUAUCUACAUCCAGCUUUAUAUUCGAAUAAAAUUAAUAACGAGAUAAAAUAUACAAAUCCAUUAAUAUCUCUCCAAGCCACAUUUUACGAGACCUCAUUUUUGAACAAGAAAUUAUGUGCAGAUUUAAAUCUCCAAGCAAUAUUCCGAGCCAAAAUAAUCUUGUCGAAGUCUCAAAUUCCUUGUUUCGCGGCCUUAAGACUUGAUCUGGUAAUGAACAAAAUUUCUGUAUGAAUUGCACUGAUGGGGGAAGAUUACGACUCCCUCGGAACAUUGUUUAGUAACGACCGUAAUUACGUUUUAUUGUAUAUUAAAAUGGUGUUUGUAAAAAUUAUUAACCUUCUACGUAUCUGCCUUAAUUUCGUUGGAGUGACACUCAAGUGAAAUUAUCUUAAUGUUUCAGCAUUCACACGAAUUACUCAUAAAUGUAUUGAACAAUUUGAUAACAAAAUAUCUACAUUAUUUCACAGCGUGACCUCACUUCGUGUCACUUGGUAAUUUCUAGUCUCAUAAACUCUAAACGUUUGACGGAAAUUGAAACAAUCAGCAUUCAUCACAAUGAUGUGUUUAUUGAAAUAUUGAGAAGUUCAGACUUUAAUAGAAUAAGAUUUAUUACGGGGAUGUUAUUGGUUUCACAAGUAAAGUAAUAAGUAAGGUAAAUAUUGAUUAUAUUAAUUGUAAAUAUACACUCGUGUUAUGUCAAUGUUUACAUUUGACUAUACGGAUUUUCGAAAUCUUGAUAUUAUUCUUUUCUAGUAAUAAUGAGAUCUUGGAUUUUGAUGGGAGCUCAAAAUCUACUAAAUAUAAUGAUUUAGAGACAAAUAAAUGUAUGGGCUGUAGCCAGGGGUGUGAGCGAGUUCAUUCAGAGAGUACUUACACCAUGGUGUAUUUUGUAAGCGUAUGGGUUGUCUAGGGUGGAGGACUGAAAGCCAAAUCUCCUCUUUGCUAACCAACCCCUUUUUACUCGCAGCCCGUGGCUAUAGCCUUCGACAAAAGACUGUCAUACUAGUAUCGGGGACAUGUCUGUGUAAUAUUUUACAUUGUGUGUUCGUGUCCUUUAAUGUAUUACCUAUUUCCUCGUAAACAUUGCAGGACGUGAAUUCAAAUUGCUGUUUAUAAAUACAAUAUUUAUACCCCCAUUAAAAUGUAAUUUGUUUUAUAUUAUUCGUCUGAAAGUAUUACUAUCGAAAUCUGUCGGCAACAAGUCCUUCACAGUGUAUUCAAGUCCCUUCCA